GAACAACAAGAGGCUAGAUUAUGUGCCAUGCACGCAUUAAACAAUCUCCUUCAGGGAUCUUACUUUUCCGAGGUUGAUUUGAUGGAAUUGGCCAGACAACUCGAUCAGAAGGAACGUUCUUUAUUGGAGGGCAAUGAUUCAAAAAGUAGUCAGAAUGUUAGUGAUGAAGGUGAUUUUAGUAUUGGAGUAAUUCAGGCUGCAUUGGAAGUGUGGGGAUUAACAACCAUUCCAAUAGGACAUCCAUCAAUUACUUUAUAUACGAGAGAAAAUCCGUGGAGUGAAAAUGCAUACAUUUGUAAUCAUAGAGAACAUUGGUUUGUGUUUAGAAAAUUCGGAAAUCACUGGUUUAAUUUAAAUUCUACAUUGGAUGAGCCUGAAUAUCUCUCACAGACCUACAUUUCACUUUUCAUUGAACAAUUGAAACAGGAAGGAUAUUCAAUCUUUGCAGUGAGAGGUGAAUUACCUCAA